AUGAUGAUCGAAAGUAUGAAGCAGCACGGCGGAGGAUCAGCCGGACCGCCGCCGAUGAUGGGCACACCGCCGAUGGGCAACGAUCACGUCGGACGGUUGUUGGGUGGAGGGUCAGUUUGUUUGAUCGAACCACUUUAUUGUAUAGGGCGUUUAUCGCUGAGACUUUGUAAAAACUCGGCUCCUUAAGAAAUGGUGUCGACUAAUUUCGAUUUUGCUCGUGUUUAAAAAAUUCACGGAAGAAUUUUUAUCUUUUUUAGGAAAUUUUUUCAUGGAAUGUGAUCAACUGACGAAAUGUAUAAAAAAGUGAAUUCUGCUCAUAGAAAAAUAAUUGUAAAUUUAGCUUCUUUUUUUUUAAAAGUUAUUCGAGUUGUUUCGUGAAAAUGUCCUUCCGUCUUCCGUUAGCUCUUUUUUCACGGAACAACUCGAAUAACUUUUUCGUAUGAAAAGCUAAAUUUACAAUUAUUUUUCUAUGAGCAGAGUUCACUUUGCUAUACAUUUCGUCAGUUGAUCACAUUCCAUGAAAAAAUUUCCUAAAAAAGAUAAAAAUUCUUCCGUGUUCUUCCGUUGAGUUCUUCCGCUCAACUCUGGUGUUUACUAUUAGUUAUUUUGAGUGAGCGAUGGUGAAAAGUGAGUGAUAGAAGUGUCGAUUUUUUUUUUUUGAAAACUUUAUCAUGACACCGUGCUUUGUAUUAGAUUUCGUCUUUCCGUACAGGUUAGGAGUGUGUACAUGUACAAUGAUCAACCUUUUUGCCUUUUUGAGCUGUCCGAGUUUUCAAGUCAGAAUCCUCGACACGAAAGUCCUGAUAAUACCCAGAUCCUUAAAAUCCAUGACCUUUUUCUAAAGCCCUUUUGAGAAGCGCGUCUCAAACAUCGUCAUCUCUUCCAGAAUGUCCGCAGAACUGCCGACGGCGUACGUCACGUCGACACCGCUUCCGUUGGCCAAAGCACAGGCGCAACACUUGCAACAAUUGCAGCAACAGCAACAGCAUCGUCAACAACAACAACAACAACAACAACAACAACAACAACAACAACAACAACAACAACAACAACAACAACAACAGAUGAGCAUGAUAAUGAGCGACGAAGAUAAGGCGUGAGUAGUUACCAUAGUGAUCGAAUGGUCGAAUGAAAAGGGCGCAAUUAGAGUGAAUGUGAGCAUAAUGAGGUGGUUUGGACGGGGAGGGACGCUGGCGCGCUUUCGGGAUACGCGAGAAUGGGAACUUUGCGGCGAGGAACAUUAGGAAUGUAGAUUGUGCAUUCUAGGUGCAUUCUAGGCGCAUCGUGUGUUUUGAAGCCAGCCAGUCGUCCCCGUCCGUCGCCAGAAAUGUACUGAAAAUAUAGCGACAACGACAAUAAAUUGUAGCACUAGUACGAAUUGGGCGGAGCUGCUUCCCGUUCCCUCCCCUAUCUCGAAUAUAAAAGUCGAUUCAUUUUCAGAGAAACCGAAAAGAACGCGAUAAUUUCGUCGCUGUUCGAAGAGAUCCGUCUCGAGGCGACACUAUUCGGCGACCAGUCGAUCGAGAUCAAAAAGGAGGAGGAGACGGGCGAUCAUCCGGCGGCUCUCGGCGCAACGAGCAACAACUCGGCGAAUAAGAAGUUGAAGAAACGGUAAUUUUAGAAAGUGUUCGACUAAAACCAACUUUAUCCUCUUGCAGCAAAAGCGAGCUGGCACUCGAAAUGACCGCCGACGAUGUGGACGACAUUCUCGGCGACUCGACCACCUCGAACUUCAACCCCAAAAACCCGUUCGGCCCCUCGCCUUCGUCACUUUCCAACGGAUUCGCCGAUCUCGGAUCGCCCGGCUCCUCGUUCGCCUCCAGCCAGAAAUCGUCGCCGCCUCUGAGCAAAUACGCGCAGAACAAUCAGGGACAACGCAACUCGCCGCCCACGCAGUUUCCGAACAUGUCGCCGUACAUGACGCCGCAGAUGAACUCGCCGCUCCAUCCGCAACUUCAGCAGCAGAACUCGAUGACCGCGUCGCCGCCCGUCUCGAUGCAUUCGCCAGUGGUAAGAUAGGCAAAUCACAAAUAGUUUCCAAAAUGUUCCCCCUCUAACCGGUACAUCAUUGCAGCAAGUGCCCGAAUUCAAGCCGACCAUCAUCAACGGCGUCGUCAUGAACGGAAUCUCGCCGCAUCCGCUUCACCUGCCCCCGCACACCCGACUCCUCCAACACCAACAAUCGGCGCCGAACCUCCGACUGACCGCAUUCGACGAUCUCCCACUGCCACACACGCUCGGCCCCGUUCCCGGAACCCAACCGUUCGAUCGGUCGCUCGUCGACGAGUUUGAGAUGUGUGUGCGGGCGGUGCUGAUGGCCGCGCAUCGGGUCAGUUGCCGGCACGUCUAUCGGCAGUUGACGGCCGAGGUAUCCGAGUUGUACGCUCGGGUCGCCAAGAAUCAGGUGCCGAAGAAGGCGGUCAAGAAGAUUAUUGCGGCCAGAACGCCCGCCUCGCAUGGAGAACGACUUGAGCUCGAGAGACAAUGUGAGUUUGGAGCGGUUUGAGGCUGCUAACGCUUCAUGAGAGCUCUAAAAGCUUUUGGAGCAUUCUCGGAACUCUGAACGCAUUCUUAGGAGCACUUUGAGAGCACUGUAUGCAAUCGGAACGCUCUGUGACCAAUCUGGGAGUAUUAUGAGAGAUCUAUGAACAUUCUGAAAGUUAUUUUACCAUUCUGUGAGCUCUGAAAGCACUUUGAGUGCUCUGUAAACAUUCUGAGAAAGCUGGAAGCACUUUGAAGAAUCUGUGUGUGAUCUGAAAGCUUCUGGAACAUCAUAAGAGCUCUGAAAGCAUUUCGAAUGUUACAGAAUAGUCUCAGAGUGUCUGCGGAAGUUGUGUAAGGUCUGGAAGCCUAGAAACUUUUAGAAUCUCCCCUAAAAAUUGUUUAGAUAGCUUUUAAACUAUUUUUUUUCCAGUCAAAUGCCUCUCCGACGGCCUCGAAUCGCGCCAAUCCUCGCAGCUGUACGAAUCGAUACUCCACUUUUUGUACAAGAUGCGCGUCGCCAUUCCGGACGGCGCUAUUUGA